UAAGAGUAGACAGAGUGCAGAAAGCAAGUUGACGACGUAGACGAUGUACGACGAUAAGUUUGGGAAGCGAAAUUUUUGACCAAAGGAAAAAAAAUUGUUUGAAAGAAAUACCAUUAACCAACUGCUAAAUUUUCUACCUUAAAAUACUAAAAAAAACCAAAUCCACAAUAAAUUUAUAAGCUAACGGAAAUUGCGUGAAAGUGAAAUGAGCUAAUGCCGUGUGCGCUGCAUUAAAAAUGUAUGCAGUUGAAGCUAAAGCUGCGAAAUGUGAAAAAUUCCAUGUUAAGAAGUCAAAAGUAUACACAUACCGAGGCACAGCGUGUACGCAUACAUAUAAAUAAGCAGUGGAAAGCAAUGUGCUAACGUACAUAUAUACGCAUAACAGUAAACUUUUCCAUCAAAAAAUAUGCAUACUUGUAUGUAUGUAUAUAUAUGCAUGUAGGCGCUAAGAGCUUUAAAAUAAGAAAUAAUAAUAAUUUUAAUAGGGAAUUUACUAAUUUUUAUACGUGAAAAAAAUUAUCAAAGCAUACUUUGUGGCGUUUCAGUGCAGUUGCUUACAGUGGCGAGUGAAUAAGCAAAGGAAAACAUACACACACGUAUAUACAAGUAUAUGUAUAUACCAACACAGAUAAAAAAAUCUGCCAGUGCAAUUGCCGUGUGAACAAAGACACCAAGGCACUUAGGAAGCAUUCAGGCACAAGCGUACAUAUACACACACACACACAUAUACAACAAAAUGCACACAUGCAUAAAUACGAAAAUAUAUACAAAUUUGUAGUGCACACCAGCCGUUACUUGUGAUAGGGCAACGAACGAAACCGGGCAAAGCGCACAAGUAUAUCAAAUAAAGUCUCAUGCAGCGUUUGUGGGUUCAACAGUGCGUAUGAGUAAUCUGGAAUUGGCUGUGGAAUUGAAUUAUAAUUUUUAAACAGUUAGCCGGCAGAGCUGUAUAGUUCAAUGGCAUGCCCGAUGGUGCAACAUUUCGGCUGCUGCAGUUAUUAUUAUUGUGGUUGUUGUUGUUGUUGCAAAUGUAGGGGUGUCACACGCUGCUGUUAACAGGCAAUGCGUUGACCGUUGCGGUGGCAAGCAAGCGCAACAACAAAAAAGACCGCAUGUCAGUGCAACAGACAAGAGACAACAACAACAAAGCAAGAAAACACGAGCCGACACACACGCACUCACAAACAUAUGUUGGAGGCUGUCGUGCGCUGGCAACACUGGCACAUUUUGAUGUGAGCUAAAGAAGCAGCGGCAGAAGAAGAAGAAGAAGAAGCAGAAGCCGAAAAGGAAGCAGACAAAUAGCGGAAAUUGAAGACUUGAAAAGCCAGGAAGCAGUACGAGUACAACAAGCGCAGGCCAACAAUUGAUCAAAGCAACAAAGACACAAAUUGCAAAAACAACAAGCACUUUCAACUUAUAAGUAAAACAAAAAACAACAAAAAAACAAAAACAAUAUAAAAAUAAUAAUAAAUAGAACACAAAACGGUUGGUAUAAGCUAAGCGUCCAUUUGUAGAACAAAAAAAAAGAAACGUUGAAAACAAAAACAACAAACAAAGCGCCGUUACACUGGCACCACCCGUCGUUUUGUCAACAUCAAAUACCAUUACAAUUGAGACAACGACCUCAACAGCGUCACCGCAGCACUGCCAUAGCGGUGGCAUCACCGGUGUUGCGGUCGGCGUCGGCGUUGGUGUUGGCGUUGGCGUUAACGUCAGCAGCGCCGCCAAUGUCGGCCUGGGCAGCAUUGGCAUCGGCAGCACGCUCUGCAGCAGCGGCGACAGCGGCAUUUCAUCGUCAACGCCAUCGCUGGUCUCGCAACUUUCACCGCCGCCCACCAUAAUAUGCAGCUUGCCAACGUCGACGAUCUCCAAUAAUAUUGCGAUUAGCGCUAGUGUCGGCGCAGCGAUAUGCAGUAGCGGCGCGGUAGCAGCCGGUCGCUGUAGUCCCAUCAUUACCGGCAAUUACUGUGCGCUCAGCAAUGGUCUGGCAGGUAUUUCGGUGUCCGGUCACACAACUACUACAUCGAUUUAUGGUGGCGGUGGCAGCGGCAACAACAGCAAUUGCAACAUUAUAAAUAAACCGAAAUCAUCAUUGAGUCCGCUACAACGCCUACCCAUCAGCGUUAAUCUUUCCACAUAUGGUAGUGGCAGCGGCAGCGGCGGCUUUGGCGGUGGUGGUGGUGGCGUUGGUGUUAGUGGACCAGGUUUUACACUGCUCACCGGCAGCAAUAGUCAUUUGAGUAGCAUUUCACCGGCGCUCAGUGCCAGCACACCUCUAAGCAGCGGCAUGAGCAGUGGCGGCAGCAAUAAUGCCACGAACUAUUUGAGCAGCAUGAAAUUGCUUGGGCCCGCUUCCAUCGAUUUGGGCACAACACCGCUAACGCAUCGCAAUUACAGCACAAUUAAAGGUUUUAGCUUUCGGCGCAGUUUUGAUGACAAAAUCAUUGCGCCACUUAACAGCGGUAGCGGCAGCGGCAGCGGCAUCGCUGUUGGUAGUGGUGCCGGCAUUGGCGGUCAUAGCAAUUAUUUGACGCAUCAUCACUUCCAUACACACUUCCACCACCCAACGUCCGCCAUGCAGAAACAAUCGUCCAUUGAUCGGCACAUGAGCGGUGGUGGCGGCAGUGGUGUCGGUGGUGUGGGCGUUAUGUCGCAUUCCACUCACUAUCCGCUGACGUCGUCGCAAUCGUCGACGAAACUAUCGUAUCGUGAUGAUUUUCUGCAGCAAAUUGGCUACUUGCCGACGACGCGCAUCUUCAACACCAGCAUCGAUGAAGACCGACAGCAGGAGUUCCUGUCGUUGUCCAUGUCGCCGCCUUUGAAUCGUCGCCGGGACAUGCCGGCGUUGCGUGGCAUCAUUAGCCUUUCCGAGCCUCGUGGCACCAUGAGCACCACUGACGAUGUCUUUCCCGAUUCGCCGGAUAGCAGUUUGUACGGUUCAGAAGAGGAACAAGAGGAUCCAUUGCAAUAUUGUCGUGGUGGUUAUCAUCCAGUUAUAAUUGGCGAUAUAUUUGACAAUCGUUUUCGUGUUGUACGCAAACUUGGUUGGGGACAUUUCUCCACCGUUUGGCUAUGCAGAGAUCUCAAAGACGAAAAAUACGUCGCACUGAAGGUGGUAAAGAGUGCACCGCAUUAUAUCGAAACGGCCGCCGAUGAGAUACGUCUACUCGAAGCUGUACGCGAUGCAGAUCCGCUAGAUAUGCGACGAGAACGCAUCGUACGACUGUUAAAUCAUUUUACGAUACGUGGCGUUAAUGGCAAACAUUAUUGUUUGGUUUUCGAAGCACUAGGUUGCAGUUUAUAUAAGUUAAUCGUAAAGAAUAACUAUCAGGGUUUGGCCAUAAGUCAAGUGCGCAACAUUAUCAAACAAGUAUUGGAGGGUUUGGAUUAUUUGCACACAAAAUGUAGUAUUAUACAUACGGAUAUUAAGCCUGAGAACAUAUUAUUGGUGAUCGAUAAUGAGUCAGUGGUGAAUCAGCAAAUUGACGAUGAAAUCGCUAGUUUACGCGUGAAGGGUGCGGACUUUCCGGAUUCAUAUAUUAGUUCCAUUGAAAAGCAAGCGAAGAGUCGCAGUAAAUGGUCAAUGACCGAUAUGAAUAUUUCAACAACAAACAGCACGGGUACGGGCAAUAAUUCCUCCGCGUCAUCCACGCCGUUGCCAACAACUACCGUUGCAACUUCAGCAAUGACAGCUGCGGCGAUAACGGCACUUAGCAAGGAUGACAGCAAUGCAACAUUUAAUACGAAUACGACUGCAUCAUCGUUGGCGUCUAAAUAUUCAGCCACUUUAAUAGGUGAAAAUGAUGGUGUAGGUGGUGGACGCGCUGGCACAGAGAGCCCUUCAAUAGGCGGUGGUACACCUUAUGCGACAACGGGCAAUAUAAAUAAUCGCUAUCGAGCCGAGAAGAAAAUCACUGCCAAGUCGAUCGAUGGUGACGGCAAUAUUGGUGACAUGAUAAGCACAACAACAACAACAACUACUACUACAACAACAACUACCACCGAAGCAAUCAAUGGCAUCGAAAUAUUAAGUUUAUUAAGUACAAAAAGUGAAAAUUUCGACGUUAAUAAUGCGUUGUCUCAAAUUACUCUAAACACCCAAGCACAAGCACCACACAAUGAACAACAACUACAACAGCAAAAACAACAGAUACUACCAUCACUCACAUCACAAGCACCUUCACUAGCUUUACCAACACAAGCACAAUCAUUAAUACAACAACAACAACAAGCAACAUCACAAAAUAACAACGAAGAUGUUAAAAAUAGCAAAAAUGCCGCUACCGAAAAGACCCAGUCCUAUACAAAUGCCAUACAAGCGUUGAUUAACAACACCAAUGUACGCGUUAAAAUUGCUGACCUGGGAAAUGCCUGCUAUGACUAUCAUCAUUUCACUGAUGACAUACAAACGCGACAAUAUCGCUCCAUAGAGGUAUUGCUUGGCGCACCGUACACUUACUCCGCUGAUAUUUGGAGUACAGCUUGUCUUGCCUUCGAACUGGCGACCGGUGAUUAUCUCUUUGAUCCGCAUAUGGGUGAGACUUACUCACGCGAUGAAGAUCAUUUUGCACAUAUAAUUGAAUUGCUAGGCGCCAUACCGCCUUCCGUGAUAUUUCGUGGCAGGAAUGGACUUAAACACUUCACUAGUUAUGGCAGCUUGCGUAACAUUACGAAAUUGAAACCGUGGAGUCUAUUGAACGUACUCAUCGAAAAAUAUGACUGGGAUCCCAUAGAGGCUAAAAAAUUCUCUGAUUUUUUACUACCGAUGCUCGAAUACAAUCCCGUAAUACGCGCUUCAGCGGCCGAAUGCCUAAAUCAUCCCUGGCUGGAGCAGGAGGAGUUCGUUUGAAAUGUGACCAUAGUCGUUUCACUUGUUGACUGAUUACCUUGCUGAAACGAACGCAAAUACGCACAUACGAGUAGUAGUUGUUGCAUACAAUGGUGGUGGAAGCAGAGAGCGCAAACUAACUUUGGCGUUAGCCUAUUUAGCUGCAUGAACAAGAGAGACUUGCACUUUCUCACAUUAUUAUUUAAACGUUAAGACUUUACAUACAAAAUAAAACAAAAACAAAAAUACAAAUAAACUAAAAUAAAAUAAUAUGCGACCUAUAAUGUAGACAUUAAUAAGAUUUUUUAAUAUUAAAUGAAAAAUGCAAAUUAAAUUAAAUAAAGUUAAAAGCGUAGCAUGACAAGUGAAAAAUUGUAAUAAUUACUAUAUUGUCGGCAAAAAAUAAAAUAUACCUUUGAGUAAAAAAAAACUAACAUUGGUACUAAAUUAGUGGAAACUUAAAAUAUGUUUGUUAAAGUAAGUUUUCUAUGGGAAAAUAAAUGAAAUUUAAAACUCCAAAGUAGCAUUAAUUCUGAAAUAUGUAUUAAAAUACAAAUAUUUUAAAUAAAAGACAAUUACAAAAC